AUGUAAAAUAGUGAUAGUGUAAAAAUUAAGUUUCUAAGAAUACUUAUUAAGCAUAGAUUUGUUAAAAGAUUUCUUGGUAAAUAGAAAUUGACUGAGCAAUCAUAUUUUACUGUAAAUUAAGGAGCUUUAGCGUGUUUUAGUGAAUUAUGUUAAUCAUUAUCAUGUAAUAAUCGCAUCAUGUACUAAAAGUAUAUAGCUUAGUGAAGUCAAUCUUUCAGGAUGUAAUAUUAAUGUCUACUUUGCAAUUGAGUUAGCCAAUCUGGUAUAGAAAAAUACAAACAUUGAGGUUUUGCAAUUAGCUAGUUGCAAAUUGAAUUCAUUUUCACUUAGUUGCAUCUUUAAGGCGGUAUUAGUGUAUUGAUCAACUCUGUAGAUGAUCGAUCAUACAGGAUUAGCUUAAUUGAAUCUGUUCAAUAAUCAAUCCUUUACUCCAACAGUUGUACAAGACUUUAUAAAGUAUGUUCUUAAAGGCAAGAAUCCUUUGAUAGAAAUCAAUAUUAGUCAUUGUAAUAUUGAUAAUUCAUAAUUAUCAAUGAUUUUACCUAAUUUAAAAAAUCUGAAAUCUCUUAAAAGAUUGAAAAUGAGUCUUAUGAAAUUAAGUUCAGAAUCAUUAUUAGCACUUUCAUCUGCUAUGUUACAUUAUACAGGCAAGAAAUCAUUAGAUUAUAUUGAUCUUUCAUUUUGUUAAAUAAAGAAUCAUGGAUUAGAAUUGCUUAGUAAAUCUCUUUAUUUAUCAGUAAUAACAUCAAUUAAUAUAAAAUCUAUAAAUUUAUCAGGUAAUAAUAUAAAUUAAGAUGGUGUUGUACAUUUGGAAUAGAUCUUACUUAAAUUAAAUAUAGAAGAAUUAAAUUUAUCAAGAAAUAAAAUAUAAGAAUUUUAGAAUUAAUAGGUUCUCAAUAAAUAAUUAGUAAGAGUUGAUCUAUCAAGUAAUUUAUUUGAAGAAAUUCCUAAUAACUUUUUUCUAAAUGUGUUAUCAAUUAAUUUGUCAAACAAUUAGAUAAAUACUUAAGGAGCCUAUCAAAUAUCUUAAGUAUUAUCAUAUAAAAAAGUUUAAUGGAUUGAUCUGAAUAUUAAUAAUAAUUCUAUAAAAACUAGAGGUUUUAUAUCUUUAAUUUAUGCCUUGAUUGAGAAUAAAUCAUUAUAAAAUUUAUCAGUUGCAAACAAUAAUAUAAAUGGAGAAGGGAUAUUAGUGUAUAUAUUUAAUCAUGAACAAUUGAAUUUAUAAUAUUUAGAUUUAUCUCAUAAUUAUUUAAGGUAUGAUUUAGUUUAUGCAUUAAUAUCAAUGAUGAAAGAAUGUAAAUUAAGAACAUUAGUUUUAUCAUAAUUAAGAUAAGAUGGGAAUGAAAUUCAUAGUGGUAAAAAUGAAUUAUUUGAAAUUAAAUGUGCAAAUUUGAGAGAACUUGAUUUUUCAUGUAAUCCUUAAAUUAUAAUGCCUAUUUUAAAGAGUCUUUCUCAAUAAUAUAAUCGUUUGGAAUAUUUAAAUUUAAAUAAUUGUUAAUUAAUUAGAAAAUCAGAUACAUAACUUAAGAAAUAAUCAGAUACUAUUACUAUAGAUUUAAGGAGAUCUGGAGAAGCUAAAUUUUUUAAUUUAGAUGAUCCUAUUAUUGUAGAUUAGAUUGAAUAAAAGAAUUAAUAGUAAUAGAAUAGUUAAGUAUUGGAAUGCAUUUAUUCUUUAUUAUCUAAGACUUAUACAUUAUAAACUUUAUGUUUAGCAAAUAAUAAUUUACAUUUUUUAAAUGAAAAUGAAUUGAAAUAAUUUGAGAGUUGUUUUGCUAAUAAUUUUACAUUAAUUUCAUUAGAUUUAUCAAAUAAUAAAUUAAAAUCAAAAAUUGUAUUUUUAGUAAAUGGAUUAAAAAAUUGUGGAUCUUUACAUUAUUUGAAUAUAAGUAAUAAUUAAAUUGAAGAAGAUUAUGAAGUAAUUAUAAAAUUACCAGAAAUAUUUAAGAAUCCAAGUCUAUAAUAUAUUGAUUUAUCAUAAAAUUCUAUUCAUAGUGCUACAUUUUAAAAUAUGAAAAAAAUAUUAUUAAGAUAAUAUAAAUAAUUUCCAUAGAUGAAUUUAAGUUAAUUGAAAUUAACAGCAGAUGAUCUUGUUAGUAUAAGUGAAAUAAUACGUGAAUCUUAUUCAAUUAGAAAAUUAGAAUUAUUUGGGAAUUAAUCUAUUGAUUAUUUAAAUAAUGUACAUGUUUAUGGAGAUAAUAAUAAAGUUGAAAGUCUAUCUAUAAAUAGAUUAAAAUUAAGAAGAGAUAUAUUUGAGAAUUUAUUAUAAAUAUUAAUUUAAAAUUAAAAAUGGAUGAGAAUAAUAGAAAUAUCUAAUACAUUAUUAAAAAAUUAUUAAUUAAAGAAAUUAUUAGAAUAACUUAAAUAAAUGUAUUCAUUAAAAGCACUUAUAAUGGAUAAUUAAUAUUUUGACAAAAAGGAAGUAAUUGAUUCUUUGAAAGAUUUAUUUGGAUCAUUAAAGAAAUUGAAAACUUUAUCAAUAAGAAAAUCAACUCUUUCUGUUGAAUUUUUUGAAUUUAUUUUUCAAUUAUUAUUAAAUUCAAAGAAUUUAGAAGAAUUAGAUCUUAGUAGUAAUUAAAGUAAUGAUUAUGAACGUAAAUGUUUAAUCUCUAAAUAAUGCAUUGAAUUAUUAUCAUUAGGUAUUUAAAAUAAUUAAACUCUAAAGAAUCUUAAUCUAUCUAAAUGUCAAUUAGAUGAUGAAGUAAUUUAAAUUUUUAUUGAUACAUUACCAUUAAAUAACUCUUUAAUAUAAUUAGAUAUUAGUGAAUGUAAUUUAACUAAACUAACUUUUUUAAGAUUUAAGUAAAACUUUAAAUAAAUUCCAUCAUUAUUACAAAAAUUAUGUUGUUAAUUAAUGAUUGAUGAAGUUCCAAAUAAUCUUGUUAAUAGCUAAUGUCUUUCUAAUUUAUUUUAUCUUGAUAUUUCUAAAAAUAAAUAAAAAAAUAGAAGUAUUGUUAAAUUAGUAUAAUGUUGUUAACCUAAUAAUGUAUUCUAAAAUAUUUUUUUCCUUAAUUUAGAAUAAUGUCAUCUUAAUGAUCAUCAUUGUAAAGUUUUAAGUAAAUUGAUUGUAACUAAUUUAAAAGAAUUACAUUUAAGUUAAAAUCAAAUUACUCAUAUUGGAUUUAAAGAAAUAUUUGAUCCAAUUUUAGAUGGAUUAUCCAAACUUAAAGCAUUAAAUUUAUCCAAAAAUAAAAUUACAGAUGAAUAUUUUUGUUAACUUGAAUAUAGAGAACUUAAUAGAACAAUUAAUUCAUUAGAAUUAUUAUCAUUAGAUGGUAAUUAAUGUUAUGGAAGAGGAUGCAAAGGAUUUAUUAAAUUAUUAGAAAGGAAUCCAAAAUUAUAUAUUUUUAAUCAUUGGUUAAAUAUUACAGAUUAAUUAGCUUAUUUAGUAAUUUAAUCUUAUAUAUAAUUUACUUCACUUUAUAAUUUAAAAUAUGGACAACAUAAUUAUAUAUAAUAAUUGAUAAUUAAAGAAAGUGAUUUCUCAGAUGAUUUCUUAAUUUGGUUUGGUUAUAAUUAUUUUUAAUUACCACAUUUGUAAUAUAUUGAUUUCUCUGGAAAUUCAAGAUUUUGUACUAGUAUGGGAAAGAUGCAUAUGUAUAUUAAUAUGAUUAAUAAUCAAGUCAAUUAUAAUUUACUUCAAGUAAAAUUUGAUGAAGUAGAACAAUAAACUUUAACUAUGUUUGAUGAUGGAUUAAUAAGAUAUCAUCUUUUAAAAUAAAAAUUUCGAUUCUAAAAUUAUACAAUUAUGUAAAGUAGUUAUGGAAUUAAUGAUUAAAAUAUUGAAACUAUAAAAUGGGGAUUUAUUGGAAAAUUCAUUAUACAUAUAAUAAAUAAAUUACUUUAUAUAUUUUAAGGAUCAUUAACAGAAUUUAGAAUGAGUAGUUAAUUAUAAAAACAUUUAAGAAGAUAAAUGAAUAGAAUGAAAAUAUUUUACAUUAUAGGUUGUCUAGUAGAACCAAUAUUUUUAAUCUUAGCACUUCUGACUGUAUUUAUGAUAUAGGUUCCUCUUUCUUAAAAGGAUUUGAGAAAUCAUAAUUAUUGCAAAGAUCAAUAUUGUUUUAUAAAUGAUGUUAAGAUUCUCACUUUUACAUUAUUUAUUGUAGAUAUUCUUGUAAUUGUUAUAUGUAGUGUAACAAAUUUAAUUAUUGCAAUUAAAUUAAGAAUAAAUUCAGAACCUGAUUUUUAUAUUUUAACAUAUGAAUAAAAAAAGGAAUUAAAAAGGAAAUUUCCAAUAAAAAAAGAAUUACUUCUAUUAUUACUUUAAAUAAUUCUAUAAUGUAAGUAUAUAUUUGAUAUUUUAAUAAUAUCAUCUAGUUUAUAUCUUUCAGAUUAUAUUGAAAAAUAUGAAAAUAAUACAUUUUAAUAAAUACGUAAUAAUUUCUUAGCAACUGCCUACAUGAUGUCUAUAAUGAUUGUAAUAAAAUUCACCAUCUUUUGUUAUUAAGAUGUGAAAUGCACAAUUCAAUUUUUUAAACAUCCUAAUAAAGAUGCUUCUUUUCUCUUUUCCAAUCUUUGGAUUAAGAGUAUAUAUGAUACCAAUAUUUUAGUUGAAAAUGUAGUAAGUAAUUUUUGUCCAUAAGCAGGUAUUAAAAUAAUGAAUAGUCUAUUUAAUUUGAAAUAGAUUUAUCAACUUACAUAAUUGUUUGUUAUAGAAUUACCUAUCUUCUUCAUUUAUCUAUUCUUUUUUAAUAAUUAUCAACAAAUGUGUUCUAAUAUGGGUUAUCAAACAGUAAUCACAGUAACUAUAAUAUUUUAAGUAAUUGGAAUGAUACGUAAUUCAAUUAAAGGUCUAUGUAAUGCAUAUUGGGCACUUGUCUCAAGACCUCCUAUAGUGAAAUGGUUUGAUAUAAAUGAAUUUUUAUUAUUAAGAAGAUAUAAACAUUUAGGAGAAAAGAGAUUAAUAACUUAAUUAACACCUAAAUAAAAGAAAUAACUUAAUAAUAGUAAAAAUAUGAUGAUGAAGAAAAAGUAAAUGUAAAAUUAACAUAUAACUUAAAAAUCUAGAAGUGAAAGAAUAAUUGAUAAAAUAAAAACAUCCAGAAGAACAAGUGAAGAUAAUGAAGAAGAAGGUAAAUUAUAUUGUUUUAAUAAAUAGGAGAUUUCUUAGUUAAAAAAAAUCAGAUGACAACAGAAAAUAUAUAUUUAGGAACUCUAAAUAUAAAAAUGAAAUCUGAUUGA